GACGUACUUGAACACUUGUACCCGACAAAUUCAACUAUGAAAAUAAUUAAUAUCAGUGCCUUUAACGAGUCUCUAUCAAGAAUGUAGUGGAAAUGUGAAUCGUGCCUUGCCGGUUCUUUGAAUCAGUUGAAUAAGUUUAACGUUAGCGAUAGUGAAUUUGUGAUUAACAGUUUGGUGUCAAAAUGUUGCAUUUGUGUUACGUUGUUGUCGAACAGAACAUGUGCGAUCGUCUAAAAAUAUUGGACUGUGUAAAUUUUCGUUCGAAGUCAAGGACAACUUAACACAAUCAAAUUCUUGCGUCUAACCAUGUACGGGAGAGACUAUGCCCUCCUCUCUUUCUUUUACGAGUAGAAUAGAGAGAAUGAGAUACCAUGGACCCAGAAGGCUUGAAUGGAAUUGGAGGCGUCAAGUACGCUACAUUAUGUUUCGGCAGUGUAGCAUGAGAUUGAUAACUCGACUUCUCCUACUGGUUUGUUCAUUGAGUUUACUAAGUUUGCUUCUAUUGAACCGAUGUGGCUUGAGUUAUCUUGAUAAUGGAGCUUCUUCGACAGAGGAACACAAUGCGGCAUAUCUAGUGGGUUCCACAGCAAGCGAGUCUCUAAUUCCUCAAGAUAACACAAGACAUUCGGCUGAUGCCGGCAGCGUAUCUUAUCAAAGUCUAUUAGAGCAGAGGGAGGAGGAGUAUCGCCAGGAGGUGGAAAGAUUGACGUCCGAAAUUAAAUUCCUCAAACUACAACUUUUCCAACUCUCGAACGAAUUGCCCACCCGGAACAACCCCAGAGUCACGGGCAGUCAGCUUUUCACGAGUAAUAUUUCCAGUUCCACGACCCGAUCUCAACCUGGCCAGGCAUCUCCCAGCUUUUCGGAAUGCGCCAACUUCAUCAGGAAACAAAUCAUCACGGCUGAGGUUCUGCACGGUGCGCCCCUCAAUAACGAGUACGAGUUGAUUCCCUUCAACCAUUUUACUUUCAGCAGGGUGUAUCCAAUCGAAUUAGGUCUGGGCAAACGAGUCGUGGAAAAGCCGAUAGGAUACAAGCGCAAAGACUUGUUAGAAACUCUAACAAAGGCUGUGGAAGUUAUCAAUAAAAACAUGACUGACAAACGGAAAAGCAAGUAUGGCUUGGACGACUUCAUAGAGGGGCUGUACAGAAAUGAACAAACGACAGGAACUCAAUACGAACUUUACUUCCGAACUAAAAGUGUGAAAAGUGGCUUCACCAAAGUAACCCUCAUGAGACCUUUCGCCCCAAUACAAGCAAUUUCUAGUGAAACUAUGAGCGGCUCGGUAAAAGAGAAAGAACUCAUCCAUAUAAUCCUCCCCUUAUCUGGCAGAACUUCAACGUUCCAAAGUUUCAUGGACAAGUUCGUGAAAAUUGGUUUGAAAAAUGACAGGAGGGUAUGUUUGACAGUUGUUUAUUUCGGCGAAGAAGGCUUGUCAGAAGCUAGGGCCAUUAUGUCCAGAGUUCUGAUGACGAAGAAUAGUGGUGGCAACACGAACAAUCUGAGACUCCUAGCUUUGAACGAAACAUUUUCCAGGGCUAAGGGUUUGCGUGUGGGGGCCGAACGCGUUUGGGGGAUGAAAAAUAACGACAGAAAAGACGUCCUUCUGUUCAUGUGUGACGUUGAUGUGGUUUUUAGUGCGCGUUUUCUCGAUCGGUGUCGUUGGAACACUAAGCCCGGGAAAAAAGUGUACUACCCAGUUGUGUUCAGCCUGUACAACCCCCACGUAGUGUACACGUUGCAGGGGAAGGAGGUUCCGCACGAGAACGAGCAGCUCGUGAUCUCCAGGGAUACAGGCUUCUGGAGGGAUUUCGGAUACGGCAUGACUUGCCAGUAUAGGUCGGAUUUCCUGAAGGUGAAAGGAUUCGACGAAGAUAUCGUCGGUUGGGGUGGGGAGGAUGUAAUGCUCUACAGGAAGUAUGUGAAGAGCACCAUAAAAGUGAUACGCGCCACAGACCCAGGGAUUUUUCAUAUCUGGCACCCGAAGGUCUGUAGCGGAAGUACGGGAGGUCAGCCCCUAUCGACGGAUCAGUACAUGGCCUGCAUCCGUUCUAGGGCAAUGAAUGAGGCCUCCCAUGCUCAGCUGGGCUUCUUGGCCUUCCGUGACGACAUUGCCGCUAAUAGCAGUCCGGAUAAAUACCCCCUUCAUCCUCAAGACCCCUCAAAUCCACCUCGGUCCGAAGGAGCAAAGCCCUCACCUGAAGCCGGUUCACGGAGUUCUAGGUGCAUAUCUUUCGUUAGUGAGACUGUUUACUUGAGCUUGUUGUGGAUGGAGUCAAGAGACUGAUUCUGUAAGGACCUCUCGUUUGAUUUUUCGUAUGUUUUCGGUUGCUUUGACAUUUCCUCUAUAUUAGAGAAAAGCUGGAUUUACUACCGAAGAGUCUUUCGAAGAAGAUUAUGCGUAGGGGUGAAAUAUUUCGUCGACUGUCAUAGAUGGCUUUGAUGGUUUGUGUACAAAAAAAAUCAUUGAUUUUUAUGCGGAAUUUGUAUGACACAGGGUGUUUCUUGGCGGAUUUAUAGUUUCAAAAUAUCAUAUCCAGAUGGCUUCUUAAACCCCCUUUAAUAUAUAAAGUAUGUUCCCAAAUUAGACGUGAACCUUGGAGGACGUGUUAGUAUGACUCAUUGGCUGUCAUUUGAGCCAUAUUUAGUGA